AUGGUAAAAUCAGGAGUGAAUAUUCUUUACAAAGAGGAUGGGCAAAAUCAGGCGGAUGUACGCAAUUUUAUCAUGAGGUUGACGGGUGUGAAGUACCUCUAUUUGUCGACUGAUGCUAUACUGGCUGCAUACCCUGAUCCCUUAAGUUCCGUGUUGAAAUAUGUGACGACUUUGGAACUGAAGGUGGAUGAUUCCCGAAUAUUGCCAGGCAUCCUUGAAAGGGCUUCCCAACUUGAGAAGCUGGUCAUUAGUUCGUAUGAUAAGUCUCCAAGGAAUAGAGCUCCAAUUCCUUGGUCAGUCACUGAGCAGUAUGAUAAGUCUCCAAGGGAUAUAGCUCCAAUUCCUUGGCCAGUCACUGAGCCUUCGUGUUUGGCAUGCCUCAGGAGGAUUGAGUUUGGCGUAUUCAUUAACACAAUAGAGGAAAUGCAUCUGAUUGAAUACCUUCUAAAGCAUGGGAGGAUGCUGGAAAAGAUGGUAUUUUGUGGAGUACGAAGCAUAAAUUCAAGUACUAGUGCAGUAAAAAAAAAAAAUCAAGGGAUUCGCUAG